AGGCUCCUCGGUGGCAAACGCGAAUUUUACUCUACUUUCCUUGUUUUGCUCUUUGUUUUAUAUUUAAAAUUUUACUAUUUCUUAAAUUUAACCACUUUCGUUUGCUCGUGUUUUGUUUGAGUGUUUGACUGUUUUGUGGUGUAUUGGUUUUCUCUAUUGUGUUUGUGUGUGUUUUGCAUUCUUUACAUCUGUUUCAUUCUGUUGUGAUCUUCUAUUAGUGUCUUCAUCUAUUUUACUCGGUGUUUGGUAGAUUUCGUGUUUCGUUUCGUUUUGUGAUUUACUUGUCUAAAGUUACCCGCAUGCAAGUGUUCGUUUAUUAGUACUAGUUUUUUCUAGGUUAGUGUGUGAAUGUGUGUUUAGUUUUUCCAUUUGAUUUUCCCACCUUCAAACGCAGCUAAAGCUAGCGGUGUAUUGAGAGGUAUUAGAACUAGCUCUAGUGUUUUACUCCAAUAAGUACCUGACAGGGUUUAGUGAACAGUAUGGACGUACAGGAUUCACAGCCGUUGCGUACCUCCUUCGGUCCACCGGUGCUGGAUUCACUCGGGACCGGCACUCCAACAAGUGGGCGAAGGGUACGGUCUCCGGGGGAUAGCGGUGUGUCACGCAAGCGGCGCCGUUUAUCGCGCUCAUCCUCCAGCUCUUCGACGACAUCGUCCUUGGCCAAGGUCAGCCGGCUCAGUCGAGGCCGGGACACGUUCGACGUGGAUGCCGGAUACGAAAAUGACGCCGACGACGAUGACGACGAUGAAGACGAUGAGGAGGAGGAAGACGACGAGGAGGACGAUGGGGCAGCGGAAGAAGAGGAAAUGGAGGACGAGGACGAGACUGAAGGCCACACAAAAUCAGGCCAGCACGUACUCCCCACGGAAAAGGACGUCUCGUCGCACCGUAAGAGACGUGUCAGUGGCCACGGUGGUGGUGUGCGUGCGUUGGCGUCUGGUCCGGUUGAUGGUAGUUGUGGUGAGAAAAAUGGCGAAAAAUCCACACCAGUCGGAACAGCUGAUUUGAAUGCGCCACACCAACCGCACCAGCUGCAGCACCAACACCAGCAACAUCCGGCCACGAACUACCAACACUAUCAGCAGCACCAGCAGCAACAGCACCAGCAGCAGCAACUACGUCACAACAAGCGGCCCAAAUACGACUACACACGUGAUCAGAUGUUUGAAAUUUUUCAACCAUGGGUCAUACGAACGUACGGUGACCGGGCCAAGACGAAGACGAUUACGCUGAAGAAGCAGGCACGCAUUAUAAAGACGCUCGGUGGGCUGGAGAUGAAUAAUCCCGAUAGUUCCAAGUUUCGGUUUUGGGUGAAAACGAAAGGAUUCACCACGACGAAGCCGGGGAACUUUCAGGACAUAUUCACCCAUCAGAACAUACCGGAAAAUGAUGGCUGCAUGCUAUAUGCUCCGAGUGGAGGCUUGGAACCUGGUCAGCCAUACAAGAAGGUGGCCGUGGUGGAGAACUUUUUCGAAAUUAUCUACGGUGUGCAUGUGUCGCUCGGGAGUCGUGCAACACGACACGCCGGCCAGAAGCGUACCUAUCGAACGAUCACCGAAACGUAUGCCUUCUUGCCGCGGGAAGCCGUCACCAAGUUCUUAUCGCUGUGCAGUCAAUGUUCGAAGCUUACUACCAAGGUGUACUCCCCGAAAUCGGAACUCAAGAUGGCGCCACGUGUAGAUGAUGGCGCCAUCACAGCGAGACGUGCGCUUAGUGAGCGUAUAGCCAGCAGCUGUAGCACCCGGGUGGAGGUGGAAUUGAAAUGUAAUAAGAAAGCCGAACGAAGCCAAUCCUCGCUCCGGUACUAUGAGCUGUUGCGGAAUUUGUAUGAAAAUGGGAAAUCUAACGGAUCGCGCAAUGGUGGAGAAGUGCCAACUAGUGGGAAACUGGUGAGCCUAACCUCAAACCUCGGUGGGAAUGUGAACUCCACCACGGGUAGUGUGCGUACGUCGCGACCUGCGAGUGUCGGCUGUGAAGUGUUGACGGGACGGGGUGGUGUCGUGGUUGGAAGUGGCAAUGAGCGUGGUGUAGUGAGUGCAAGUGAACGGGAGCAGGUUCCCGGUGGUGUAGGAUUAAACAAUAACCGCAGUGAAAAAGGUGACGACGAGAAGCGGCGAACGACGACGGCGCCGGUACCCAUCACUUCGACGUAUCUGGAUGUGACGAGAAGCUUCGGGCUGGAGGAUGACGAUGCGUUGAAUAUGGAUUCUAUAUCCAUGCCGUUCAAUACCGAGACGACGGAAAACAAUGGAAGCACGGCCAACACACCCAGCGAAGAUGCGUAUGCUGGUCUUAUUAAAGAUGCGGACAAGUUCAAGCUGAUGCUACUGGCCUGGAACUAUCAGAACUCGGCGGCAGGUAAAUCACAAAAUGGAGCCGAAGGACCGGACCUGGCGACGAUGACGAACCUGUGGCAACAGUACCAGAACGCGCUGGCGAUGACGGGCAAGACGAACUUCAACCAACUGCCGGUAAGUGAGCGACAAUCGUCCCCCAUAGAACAGCAGCAGGACGAAACGAACUCGUCCGAGCAGAAGGACGAGGACGAUCUGUCCGAGGACGAUUCGGAGGAUCGGCUCGAAGCCACGGUGAACGAUCCGGAACGGCUGAAAGCGUUCAACAUGUUCGUGCGGCUGUUCGUGGACGAAAACCUGGACCGGAUCAUACCGAUCUCGAAGCAGCCGAAGGAAAAGAUCCAAGCGAUCAUCGAUUCCUGUACGCGCCAGUUUCCGGAGUUUGCCGAACGGGCCCGGAAACGGAUCCGGACGUACCUGAAGUCCUGCCGGCGGAACAAGAAGACGCGCGAGGGCUGGGAGAACACGUCCCGCCCCACGCCGGCACACCUAACGUCGGUGCAGGCGGAACAGAUACUGGCCGUGGCGUGCGAGAACGAGAGUCUCAAUGCGAAGCGCAUGCGCAUCGGGCUGGAGCCGAUCAGCCAGACGGUCAGUCAACCGGCGGCGGUAAGUUUUAUGACGUCGGCCGAAUCACCGCCGGCCGUACCGAACAUGUACCAGAACCUUGCCAACCGCGAGCAAGAGUCCACGUCCGUGUCCACGAUCAAGAGUGAACCGAUGACGAGCGUGCCGAAGAUUUCGCCCGUUCCCAGCACACCGACCCCGGACAUGAACCAGAUGAAGCUUAACAUACCCAGUGCCAGUGCCAGCUCGACGCCCACCAUCCCCACGACCGUACCUACCAUCUCCAACUUCCACGACUACAACACCGGCUUCUCGAACCGGUCCCAGCACUACCAAAACUUCAUGAACUCGGUCAACAGCAGUAGCACGAGCAGCGGUGCCACGACCAACACGACCAUGUCCGCUGCCGGCACCGCCGCACCUACCGAUCUCUCGAUGAAGCGACCGAUACUGGCCCACAAGCUGAACAGUGCAGAAAUCACGGCCGUCAAGCAGCUCGUCACCGGGUACCGGGAAUCGGCCGCCUUCCUGAUGCGGAGUGCCGAUGAGCUGGAGAACCUACUGCUGCAGCAGCAGUAAACCGGUGCCGGUGUAGGCCGAUCUGUGUGUAUGUGAAGAUUUGUGUUGAUGUCUUUUAUCCCAAAUCGCAAACAUUUGUGUAUGUACAUUGUGACAAAAGGUAGAACAAAAGGAAAAAGAAAAAAAUGCUGUAAAAAAAGAGACAAAAGGAAACUUUUUAAGGAAUUUCAGGAAAAUAAAUGUGAAACCAAAAAAAAAGAAGCGUAAAAAGAAGCGUAACAAAUAAGGGAAAAGUGUUCAAUUCAGACGAACAAAAGGGAAGAAACAACAAUACAUUAGACAAAACGGACACGCACAAACACAGGGUGAUAAAAUAGAAGAAGCGAAACAAAAGCUUGUUAGGAGAGCAAGUUUAAAGGAGAAGAAAGUGAAAUUACAAACCGAAUUACAGAAGUGCAAACACAAGAAGUGGAAAGAACACUGGACAAGAGUUGAUGAGUAAAACAAAAUCAAACGAAGGAGAAGUCAAACUGUGUAUAAAUGUAUGAACAAGGUAUCGGCAAGAACGCGUAAUCGCGCCAAUCUCGUGCUACGGCUCUUGCUUAGUUGAGUUUAAGGAUAAGCGUAACCGUUCGUUCGUUUAGUUUCGAUUUGUUUUAUUUAUUUAUUUACACCUAACAAACUACUUACUGUACAACUCACUUCUUGCAACUCUACUAGCGUUUCCUUUUCACUCUCGCACACUGCGCGCUACGUUCUGACGCGAGCCGGUAAGUGGACGCGAUAUGGCUCGCCGGGGCAAAACGCUAGAGCGCAGGCAGAUGGGAACGUGUCAGUGGAAUAAACUCAAUAUUGGAAGAUAAAACGAA